AUGGGAAACUGCUUUUCGUCCGUCAACGACGACGGCGACUGUCGCAUAUCCACGCGCGAGCGACGCCGCGAGACGCGGCGGAAGGGCGAGCCGCUGCAAAGUGGCUCUCUUUCAGGGUCGAAGGGCGACGCUGCGAGCAGCAAGGAGAGGGAGCGCCGCGUGGCGGCUUAUCUGGCGGCGGAGCAGCAGCGGGACGACCUGCUGGCACAGCUGACAAAUCGGGGGACGGCAAAUGGGUUUGUGCCACGUGUGCUGCGCGCCACGUCGGACACGGACUUCACAAGCAGCGAAAACUUCAGCAGCAGCGACAACAGCAGUGAACGCAGUAGUACCAGCACCAGCAGCAGCAGCAACGGCGGCGGUGGUGGUGGUGGGAUGCAGCUGCACUGCAGCAUGUUCUCCCUGGGCGGACAGAAAGGCAUCAACCAAGACUGCAUGGUCGCAUGGCAGUCCUUCGCGGGCCCUGCCUCCGUGCUGUGCGCCGUGAUGGACGGCCAUGGCCGCUUCGGCCACACAGUGUCGGCACGCGUGAGGGACUCCGUCCCCUCUCAGCUCUCGCAGCGCCUCUUCCCGCACGCCAAUGGUGCUGAUGCCUCAUCGCCGUAUGAUGCUCUCGCCGCAUCGUUGCGUGGUGAUGACGGAUCAGUGGGGGGCGCUGCACACGUGGCGGAGCAGCAGUGGAGGGAGGCCGUGCGCGGCGCGUUUGAGGCCGUUGAUCGUGAGGUGAAGCUGCAUCCGGCCGUUGAUCCGCUCGUCAGUGGCAGCACAGCGGUGGUGGCGAUGGUGCAACACGACCAUCUCUUUCUGGCCAACCUCGGGGAUUCCCGCGCCGUCCUGGCCAGACGAGCACACUUGCCUGCUUCUUGCAACGCCACGUCACCUGCUGACGUGGCUCCCUGUCAUGCUGCCACGUCAGCCAAGGUAGUUGGAACCAUCGCGACCGGCCCAACCCACCACCAGCACCACCAAUCAGAUCAACCCAGCUGUCAGGCUCCUGCCAGCUGUCACGCUCUCGAGGCCGUCGCCCUGACUGCUGACCACAAGUGCUCCGAUCCGGCGGAGGCCGCCCGGAUCAGGAAAGCGGGCGGCAGAGUGGAGGCGCUAGAGGACGAGAAGCACAUCAUGAGGAUCUGGCUGCCCAAUGAGAUGGCCCCGGGGCUGGUCACGUCCCGGGCGGUGGGCGAUUUCCUGCUGAAAGGAUUCGGAGUGACAUGCGAGCCUGAUGUUACCGUGUUACCAGUGGAAGAUGGAGACGAAUUUGUCAUCCUGGCGACCGACGGGGUGUGGGAUGUGCUCUCUCAUGAAGAGGCUGUCUCCAUCGUUGCCACGUCACCAUCCCCUGCCACGUCAGCAGAGCGCCUGGUGACCUCAGCGCAGGAGGCCUGGGCGGCCAAGUAUCCCAAGGCUCGGCGAGACGACUGCACCGCUGUGGUGCUCUUCCUCCGAACCUCGCUGCCGAACCUGAUCCCAGACCUGCCAUGCCCUGGCCGGGGAGAAGCCGGCUCGGGAGAACCUGCCGGAGCCGGAGAGUGCUUCACAGAGCGGCACGGAGAUGCAGUGUUCACAGAUGAAGGGCUCAGAUUCCACCGGAAUGACACCGUUGGUGACCUGGCGGCGCUUGAUUGGCAGGACGAGCAGGUGCUGGCGAAGCGGACUCUGAGGCGAUGCCAUGAGGGUGAAGUGGAGGGGGAGAAGAAGAAUGACAAACAGCUGAAACGGGGCUUGAGGAGGGAUGAAUGA